AUACUGUGUCAUCCCCGAGCAUCAACCGAUAGAAUCUGUCAGACCUGGUAUGGAGGUAUCAGUGCAGAUAGAAGCGCUGGACUUCACAAAACAUAUUACUGGUGACGCCAAGCCAAUUGCUGCAUACGAAGCCAAUGUCAUCUGGAAGUCUCUGCACACAAGGGAUGGGUCCUUCAGGAAGACUGCCGUUGUAUUUGGGGCAGGGGAUGCGCAUGCGACACAGAAGCCUAAGAGAAAGAGCCCGCGCGUGUUGAUGGACGACAGCCCCAAUGUGAAGGUGUUGUAUGCUAAUGCCCCGUCGAACGGCGAGGAGAAGGCUAAAAAUUUUGACGGCAAGAAGAAGAAAUCGUACCAAAACAUGGGCCGAUAGAUGCCGCGAACGUAUCGUAUGCGUGUGCAAGAAGAAAGUAAACGUAAUCUAUAAAAGCAAGAUAUUUCGUGGGGAUUGACUUUCAGAAAUGAAUACGAGUACAAGUCGAUUUACGACUUCUACUUUGACACUGAUAGGGAUAUAUGCAAAACUUGUCUACAAUUAAGGUUUCAAUGUCAUGGAUAUUAAUUCUUCUCUAGCGCAUGACGUGCAUUUCUAAGAAGUGUGCAUUGGAGAAGAUGUGUAUGGUCCGGGUAUGGCAGUCAAAAAAUCGAUCGGGCCUUUCCUACAGAAGGAUCUUAUCCCAAGACCGUGUAGUUCACUCCAUGAGGAUCGUCUUAGCGAGCAUUAAUCAAAAAUAUUCGGAUACCUAAGUGCUAUAUCAUGGAUUAUUGGUUCCAUAGGGCAAACAGGUGAACAAUUGGCUACAGAGAAAGGAUAUCGACAAACAAUGUGCUUGUUACUUUUGAUUUGAAACCCUGCAUGGAGAAUUUAUACGUUGUGUGGGGACCGUCGGGAGCGAGUCAUACACUUUGACAGACCUGUUUCGCGAUACCACUGAUAUAGCAAGAAAUCUGCGGUGUGGCUAUGGCUCGUUUCGCGUUUGGAUGUAAAUUGUAGAGAAUAUCUGAGACUAAAAGUGCAAUAGGUCACUAUGCAUGAAGGUUUUGUUUUCAUAACUGAUGACUAGUUAAAAAAAUCAGAGUGCUCCGUCUUCUUCGUGCAAAGUUUUAUCACUUCAAAAACAAGCAAUAAAAGUGGGAC